AUGGGUUUCAACGUUGUUCGUUCUCUCGAUAGAAACGUAGCACAACAGGAAGUCCACCGAGAACCGAGUCCAGGCAUAGACAAACCAGUGGUCGAAAGGGAUGCCAGAGGAGACAGAGGAUGCGGCCCGCGAAUGCGUCGAAGGAGGAGAAGAAGGUCCAGAUGCAUCUGCAAGCCGUCUGCACGCAGAAGGAAAAUCGUGUCGACCAAUCCUUUUAUCAUCUUUUAUCUGGAAAUGUAUUUUAAAUCGCCUGAGAAGCGCGUGACGAUAGUGGCCCGAGAGGCUGGUAAGCAAUGGUCUGCCAUGUCGGACAGUUCGAAGGCAAAAUACAUAGAGCUCGCCGAGAAGGCGAAACGUCGAAGAUGCUCCACGUCGAGGAGAUAG